AUGAACGCCGCUUCUCAGGGCGAUGAUGCCGCCGCAAAAUCUGACUUCCUCGGUGCUCUCCAACACUACACCCGUGCCCUCGCCGAGCUUCCCCGCGCCCCAACCUACUACAUCAAGCGAUCAACCGCAUACAUCCGCCUCAAGCCCUCCGAUGGCGGCCCCAAUGCGCAAGCUGCACUCCGUGAUGCUGAAAUCGCUGUGAUACUGGGGCGAGAGCGUGCGAAGCGCGACUUUAUACUUGCUGCGCAGAUGAGAAGAGCUAUAGCACUCUGGCACCUAGAGAGAUACGGAGAUGCGGGGUUUGUGCUUGAGUUGUUGGAUGAGAAGGUGGGAGAUAAAGGGAAGCAAGGCAGCGAUGGUAUCGGUAAUCCGGGCGCUGCUGGUAGAGUGAAAGAUGUUAUGAGCGGGUCGAAGUCAUCGGGGCCGGCAAAGAGCUUGCCGCAGGAGCUGUCGAUUUGGUUGAUGAAGAUAAAGGCAAAGCUUGGACAGCUGGAAGAGAGCGAUGAAAGGCGAAAGGUCAGUGUGGAAGAGUUUCCUGUUGGCGUGAAGGUGCCAUCGGAGAAGGAUCUAAAGAAGCAGCUUGAGGCAUUGAAGGCGGGUAAGAUUGGCGGUGGUGAUGAGUCUAGUGUCGCACCUGACACUGCCGCUGUGGCGGACAAAAAAGAGACUGGAGAUGCGAGCGUGGGGGCUUCUAAUGAAGUCAAACCUCCUGCCGCUGCCACUUCUCAGGCCAUUGGGAGUAUCCGACAUGAGUGGUAUCAGUCAAACGAUUCCAUUGUCGUGACACUUUACGCGAAGGGCGUGGCUAAGGAAAGCGUGGACGCUGAGCUCAAGAGUGACUCGGUAUCUGUACAAUUCCCGCUCCCAUCAGGUUCAGAGUAUACCUUUUCUCUUGACCCCCUCUUCGCCUCCAUCGACGAAUCUACUUCCAAAAUCAACACAUUUGGUACAAAAGUCGAAUUGGUUUUGCGCAAGAAGGCGCCCGGACAAAAAUGGAGCUCCCUCGAAUCCUCGCCAUCCACCAUUAAGCCUUCCACCGUCCCCUCUACCGAUGCCGCCCCUAAGCUCGCAGCUGGCCCAUCGUACCCAACUUCCUCACGCCACGGCGCCAAAGACUGGGACAAGGUCGCCUCGACGCUCACAACUAAGAAGCCCAAAAAGCCACACUCCCACGAGAAUGGCAAAGGCAAGCCCACAGAAAAAGCCAACGGUGAGGCAGACGAGCUUGCAGAUGAAUCCGACAACGAAGGCUCCGUAGACUCCGAGUACGGCGGCGAUGCUGUAGAUGGGUUCUUCAAGAAACUGUACGCUGACGCGGACGAUGAUACCCGGCGUGCUAUGAUGAAGAGCUUUGUUGAGAGUAACGGAACCUCCCUAAGCACGAAUUGGAGCGAAGUUGGAAAGGGGAAGGUGGAACCUUAUCAGUCCAAGGAUUGA